UCUGGCAUUUAGUGCUCCUGAAUAUGAUUUAGAGCCCAGUGGCAGAAUGGAACAAUGAAAUAAAACUCUGUUGCAUUGUUUCCCGCGGCAUUUGUUGUGUCUACUCGAAUCUUCUCUCUCCCUGGUGAAGUUCGGAUCCUUGGCCAAUUCUUGUGGCUUGUAGAGCCGUGAGAACCACUUUGUUUCGGUUUUGAGAUGAAUGUCAAAUGAGACGCUGAUUCAGCUCGAAGAAGAAGAUGUCUGUUUCAGUUUCUGAGUUGCCUUCUUGAAUGAGCAGCUGUGAAGAUGCAUUUUAAAUAUUAUUUUCGGUAAACUUUUAAUUACAUGCAUUUACAAUAGCAUCUUCUAAGAAAAACAUAAACGAAAAAAAAUCCAAUACAAUCAUUCAACUGUGUGAUUAGAUUUAAAUCUGCAAGACCAAGUAGUUUUCGUAAAACAAUCUCGUCAAAGUCUAAAUGUACUAUUCUUUUCAGAUUUUUUUGCUAUGUUAGAUCUCAAACAGCAAUUUAGCCAAAACUAAUGCAUGUAAAGACUUCUGUUUCAAGUGUAUUCUUGUUAAGCGAUUUUAGCAGCUUAUUCAGAAAGACCUUUCUUCGUUCGUGAAACUUCUUUCAUGUGUGCGUAAGAUAUAUGAGCUAUUUAAGAGAUAAGCAAAAGCGCAUGAAUCACAAGAAAAGUUCAUAGCUGAUAAGAGGCGUAAAAGGUUUACUGCUGUACCGCACUUUGCUUGAAAAUUUACCAUAGUUUUUUCGCUCAGUUCUCUCGUGGACCUAAACAUCAAAUUGAUUAUUUCCAAGUAUAUUCCUGAAUUGUCUGAAUUUUAAGAGCGGAAACUACCAAACAUGUUUGACGUUUUUGAAUCACUGAAAAGCAUCACCAAAAUCGAUGGCGUCUGCAUCGACAACAAUAUAUUCCGGCUCCAUUACAAAUUCACCGUUCUGUGUCUCGUUGCCUUCAGCAUCCUAGUCACCUGUCGACAGUACUUCGGCGACCCCAUCGACUGCAUACAGAACGACGACAUCCCCGAGGACGUCCUGGAGACGUUCUGCUGGAUCCACACCACCUUCACCCUCCCCGACGCCUGGAACAAACGCGUGGGUAUCGAUGUGCCCCAUCCUGGUAUUGAUAAAUACACUGAAGGAGAAACCCGAAAGUACCACUCCUACUACCAGUGGGUCUGUUUCGUGCUGUUCCUGCAAGCGAUCUUCUUUUAUGUCCCGCGGUAUCUGUGGAAAACUUGGGAAGGAGGUAAAGUCAGGAAUUUACUUCUGGGAUUGAACUGUCCCAUAUUGAAGAAGGAGGACAAGGAGCAGGGUAAAGAGCUGCUUAUUGGAUACCUCAAGAACCACCUGUAUAACCAUUCCAAUUAUGUCCUUUGUUACACCAUCUGCGAGGUCCUGAAUCUCGUCAACGUCAUCGGGCAGAUAUAUCUCAUUGAUACCUUUCUUGGAGGAGAGUUUAGCAGGUUUGGAACAGAAGUCCUGCACUUCACGGGACUAGACCAGGAAUACAGGACGGAUCCCAUGGUCAGAGUAUUCCCCAGAAUGACCAAAUGCACCUUCCAUCGUUACGGCUCUUCUGGAGACGUCCAGAAACACGACGCUCUCUGCAUCCUGCCUCUAAACAUCCUGAACGAGAAGAUCUACAUCUUCCUCUGGUUCUGGUUCAUCACACUGGCAGUGUUGUCCGCCAUAGUGCUCGCUUAUCGCAUGUUGAUCAUCUUCUGGCCAGCCUCCAGGUUCCUGGCCCUCCGGUCCAGGUCCAGGAUCGUCGACAAGAAGGAUUUGCACGUGGUCCUCUCUCGCGCAAACCUCGGUGAUUGGUUUCUCUUGCAUCUGUUGUGCAAGAACUUGGAGCCGCUCAAUUUCAGAGACCUUAUCAAAGAUUUUGCUGCGGAAUUGAAAGAAGGUGAAAAGUUACUGGAGAAACGAUCACUGGACAACUAUAAGGCAUUUUAAACUUGUGGAUGAAUCUAUUGCGAAAAUGUUAAAUUGAAAGAUAUUGAAAAGAUAUGUUAGUCGAUACAUAAAAUACUCCAAGUGCUUUGACUCCUUGUCAGCUUGAGUUUCUUUUUGAAAAAUAUUUAUCAUCGUCUUAUAAUAUGCGAUACGAGUUGGGAAUCUAACGUCAUAGAUAAACUAUCUGAUUGUCUUUGAAAUACUUGAAUGAUUCCUUUUCGUAAGAAGCCAGUUGGCAAUUGAAAUGAACUCACGAUUACGACAGAAGAUUCAGCACAGAGAAAUUCUGAUUCAAUCAAAAUAAAAUUUUGCAUCAUGUUAUUUCACAUCAAAAUUCAAUUCAGUUUGAUAUUCUUUUAUUUCUUCUGAUAUUUAAUGAAAGAAAAACAGAAGAGCCAAGAAUCGAAAUGUAGUUAUAAUGUACGAUAUCCGUUUGAAACUUUACGUCAUCGACAAACACAUUUGAUUAAUAUUGGAAAGAUAAUGUCGUCGCAUUAAGCAAGUGAGAAUUUUAAACCAACUUACGAUUGCGACAGAAAACUACUAGCGAGAAAUAACUUAGAUUCAACCAACAUUUGACUUUUCACGAAAUGUUAUUCAAUAUCAAAGCGCAACUAAGUUAGAUUUUUUUUUCUUCUUUUGUUUCUGCUGAUAUUGACAAUGGAAAAAUAAAAGAGCCACGAAUAGAAAUGACUUUCCAAGAAAUUUUCUACGUGAAGCUUGACAAAGUGCUCUUUCAGUGCAAUUCAUUCCUGGUGACAUUUUGUGUUCAGUUUUGUGUGUGUGCAGAAGAUCGUGGUUUGAUGGAUUACACCAUUUGCAAACAUGACUCUGAACCAGACAUGCAAUAUGAACGUGAUUUGUUUCUUUCAACCAAAUAAAAUGUCUUCAGCUAUGCCAUUUUUAAGGAAAUGAUUCAGAUAUUUAACCAGUAUCUGAAUUCUUUCAAAGGUCUUGAGUGCGUAUUUUUCCUUUGUUUUCUCAUUCUGUUGGUCAUAACUAGAUUGAAAUGAAUC